GUUCAAAAGUUAUAAAGCAUUAGAGCACCUCUAACGCUAAGUUGGCAGGAAUUCUUAACAAUGUUUUUUAGAAGAAAAAAUAUUAUAAUAUUCUGUUUUUAAGAUUUCUGUCUUCCAUAAGUCUUUCGCAGGCCGUAAAUAAGUACUGAUUCAUGCGCAAGUUCGUUACUGUUCGUGGAUUCCAUUACACGUGACGAUACACGAUUGGUCAAUUUUUUUUUAAAAAAAAUAUUUUUUAAUUCAGACGAAGAAAAUAAAAAAUAAUAAAAUAUUCCAGAAGUUGUUUUUGGUUAUCGAACCGUUGGUUCUGGGUUGCGGAUGCUCUUAGAAUAUUUAUAAAUUUUAGUCCUGAAACCAAAAGAAAUGUUAAUAUUCUGAUAUUGGUCUGAAACACAUGUUAAAAUAUAGUUGGUGUCUUGGGAUUAUCGCCACUGAUUCUUCCUCAUGAUUGGAAGUUUGCAAAUCCAGAAACGUAAACAUUGUGCAUUGAAAUCGUGAGACUCGUUACAAACACGCGAAGCAACACGUUCUGAACGCUAACAGAACAUUCUAGCCUAUAUAUUGUGCUGACAUAGGAAUUAAAACGCGGUAAAGUCCGGACAGCAAAGCAUGACUUUUCUAGCUUACUUUACAUCACUAACCAGUCCCGUGUUCGUAUCCGUCCGCUUAACCACAAAAGCCGAUACACAUAUAAAUACACAGACCACAUCUUCACUUCUUCUUACAUAUUCCCCACUCAUUAGUCUUUCUUUGCUUUUUACAGAAGACGAGCCGCUUCAACCAAAACGAUAUAGCAUCAGAAAUGGAGUUUUUCCAGAAAGCUAAAACUAUUCGAAUCCGUAACAGCCACAACAACAAGUAUCUAUCAGCAGACGACAACGAAGAAACCGUGACUCAAAACAGAAACGGUUCAACCAAAAACUCUAGCUGGACCGUCGAACCGGUUCGCGAUUCAUACAAUGUAAUCCGUCUUAAAAGCUGUUACGGUAAAUACCUAACCGCUUCAAACGAGCGGUUCUUGCUCGGAGCUACAGGCAAGAAAGUGUCUCAGUUAAACCCGAGUCCUCUCGACUCGUCUGUUGAGUGGGAACCGGUGAGAGAAGGAUCCAAGAUCAAGCUCAGGACCAGUUACGGUAACUAUCUAAGAGCUCACGGUGGACUUCCUCCGUGGAGAAACUCAGUCACGCACGAUCAUUUGUCAGCUACUCAGGAUUCCAUCUCGUGGGAUGUUGAAGAGUUCCUGAUCAAUCCUCAAGUCACGGCGGAGACAGAGCUCACUCCGUCCUCUCUUUCACUGACAUCUGAUCAAAAUUCGGUUGUGUCUCCACCGAAAUCGGAUGGGAGAACGAUAUACUACCACGUCGCUGACGAGGAAGGACACGUGGAGGACGAAUCAACCGUUGGAUAUGCUUUCACGUUUAAAGGAAACAGCGUGGCGGAGCUGACUCGGACGCUGCGAGAAGAAACGUGCUUGGAGGAUGCUGUGGUGUGCACUCGCAGUCCAGUAGACGGCAGCAAGCUGUUUCCCCUUCGUUUGCAACUUCCUCCUAACAAUGGAACGUUGCAUGUCGUUUUAGUACCUUCCUGUGCUAGCCUCUAGACUUUUCCAGUGGCAAAAGAGUUUUGCGGAUACAUUGCAAACCAAAUACUAGAGAGCAAAGACAUUAGCUAGUAGUGAGUGAUUGUCUUAUUGUAACUUGUAAGGUGAGUGAUUGGUGAAGCAUUAUGAUAUGAACCUUGUAAAACAGUCUAGAAGAUAAUCAGAGUUGGUAGUUGGUACAAGAUUCAUGGUACUUGAGCAUUGCUUGCUCUUUAGUAAAGAGUUGAUAUACAAAAAACAAUAAAAGUUUUGAUAAUAUAAAAUACAUAAAUACAUUAUAUUCGGGGAUGCAGAUCGAUUUUUUUUGUUGUUGCUGUUGUAAAUAAGCAAUUUCUUUGUAAAAUAACAUUUGGAUUUUAUGAGUUAAUUUGCGUGAGCAUGCAUUCGCAUUGCUGUUGUUGUUUUAUA